GGUCCCCCCCCAUCCCCAUCCACUUUUGGGGUGAAAUCAGCUCAUUUCGGGGUGGGGGGUAGGAACCAAAGAUCCCCGGAACCUUCGCUGCGCGCUUGGGUCCGCCCCGGAAGUGACGCGGCGCGGGCCGGCCGAGGCGCGCAGCGCGGUCGGUGUCGCAGCCAAAGGGGCCCGGGCUGCCGCGGGGGGGUGUCUCGGAGCUGAUUCGGGGUGUCCCCUCCCCCUUUUCCAGCCCCGCGGGAGCCCCCGGCCCGCCCAUGGCCGAGGGGGGGGCCCCGGCCCCCGAAGAGGCGCCCAAAGGCGCCCCCGAAGAGGCGGGGGGGGCCCCCCUGGAGCGCCCCCCCCCCGGCCCCGCCGCGCCCCCGCCCGCACCCGCCUGCGCAACCGGCGCUUCGCGGCGCUGCGGGCGCUGCUCAGGGACGGUGACUACUUCAGCGAGGAGGCGAUGCGGGCGCGGGAGCCGCUGCUCUACCAGCACUACAUCGGGCAGUACCGGGGGGGGCGCCCGCCGCCGGGGGGGCCGCUCUGCCCCUGGGGGGGCCCCGCCCGGCCCCGCAGCCCCCCCCCGGCGCCGCGCUCGCUCUCGGGGCUGCUGCUGCGCUCCAUGGACGAGGCGGCCGUGCUGGAGCGGCUGCGGCAGCAGCGCCUCAGCCACGGCGAGGAGGAGGGGGGCUCGUCCCCCCCCCCCAGCCCGGACGCGGCCGAGCGGGAGCUGCUUCGGGCCGAGUUCGUGUCCCGCAUGUUCCAGCGCUUCCUGGACGGGCAGGACGGGGACUUCGACUACAGCCAGGUGGACGGGAACGCGGAGCUGGACGACCUGGAGCUGGCGGAGCGGGACGCGGAGGAGCGCUACUUCGACGCCGAGGAGCCCAGCGCCGCCCCCCCGCUCCAAUAAAGGGGGACCCCCCCCCCAAAAAACC